CCUCUUCCCCAUUCCAAAACCCUAGCCUCCCAACGCCAAGGAACCCCUCCCCUCCCCUCCCCCUAUCGACGCCGCGAUGACCUCUGCCGUCGCCGCUGCGCGCCCUCUCGUCAGCGUCCAGCCCCUCGAGGGCGACAUGGCCACCGACGGAUCCAACUCCGUCCCCCUCCCCGACGUCCUCAAGGCCGCGAUCCGCCCCGACAUCGUCCGCUUCGUUCACGCGAACCUCUCCAAGAACCGCCGCCAGCCCUACGCCGUCUCCAAGCGCGCCGGCCAUCAGACCUCCGCCGAGUCCUGGGGUACCGGCCGCGCCGUCUCCCGUAUCCCCCGCGUCCCCGGUGGCGGCACCCACCGCGCCGGCCAGGGAGCCUUCGGCAACAUGGUUCGUGGCGGGCGCAUGUUCGCCCCGACCAAGAUCUGGCGCCGCUGGCAUCGCCGCGUCAACGUCAAUCAGCGCCGCUUUGCCGUCGUCUCCGCCCUCGCCGCCUCCUCUGUCCCCUCCCUCGUCAUGGCCCGCGGCCACCGCAUUGAGUCCAUCCCCGAGCUCCCCCUCGUCAUCUCUGACUCCGCCGAGGCCGUCGAGAAGACCUCCGCCGCUAUCAAGAUCCUCAAGCAGAUCGGUGCCUACCCGGACGCCGAGAAGGCAAAAGACUCCCACCAGAUCCGCUCCGGCAAGGGUAAAAUGCGUAACCGCCGCUAUGUCUCCCGCAAGGGCCCGCUCAUCGUUUACGGCACCGAGGGGUCCAAGCUUGUCAAGGCCUUCCGCAACAUCCCCGGCGUCGACGUCGCCAACGUCGACCGCCUCAACCUCCUGAAGCUCGCUCCCGGAGGGCACCUUGGGAGGUUCGUCAUCUGGACCAAGUCUGCCUUCGAGAAGCUCGACUCGGUGUUUGGGACCUUUGAGAAGCCCUCCGAGAAGAAGAAUGGCUACCUCCUGCCUAGGUCCAAGAUGAUUAAUGCCGAUCUGGCCAGGAUCAUCAACUCCGACGAGGUACAGUCGGUGGUGAGGCCGAUCAAGAAGGAGGUCAAGCGCCGCUCACUGAAGAAGAACCCGCUGAAGAAUCUGAACACUCUGCUGAAGCUGAACCCUUAUGCCAAGACUGCCAGGAGGAUGGCUCUUCUUGCUGAGGCAGAGCGUGUCAAGGCCAAGAAGGAGAAGCUAGACAAGAAGAGGACCCAACUCCCUAAGGAAGAAGCUGCUAAAAUCAAGGCUGCAGGGAGGGCGUGGUACAAGACGAUGAUCUCAGACAGUGAUUAUACUGAAUUUGAGAACUUCUCUAAGUGGCUAGGUGUUACUCAGUGAGCAGUGCUAGUCAUAAUUAGUUAUUUAGCAAGACUUUGUUGGAAUUUUCCAUCUGAUUUUUGUUUUUCGUUUGCUAAGAAGACUAUUGAGACUUGUGGGGAGGUCUUGUGACCUUACCCUACUUUGUUUGCUGGAAAGGAAGGUUAGGGUUCAUCAACUUAAUUGAAUGUAUGGCUCACUGUUACUAUCUGGAUUUUUCUUUUAUUGGCACAGCUUUCGAUUUUU